CUGGAUUUGCGAUGGGUGCGCCUUUUGUCUCAUUUCCAUUAUCCUACGCACCCCUCACUCGCUCUCUCUUCAUCUUCUUCUUCUUUAUCCUCACGCGCCUCACUACAUACUACAUACAUAGCACAAAAACAGGAAGAGGACUAAGAAACAAAGCUUUGAUGCACAUGAUUUGCAUCACAGGUUGCUUUCUACCUCAGUGCUGUCGUGGGUAGCACAGGUACUUUGCAGGGUUGUUCCCAUGUCUUUUGUGGAUGACAUUAUUGUACGUUGGUUUCCUUAAAGAAUGAGUUUCUAGGGUGCUGUGGUGUGAAAAUUGGGUACCAUUUCUGGAAGAAAAAGAUGUUUUUUUUUCUUCUUCUUGUUUUUUGUUUUCCCAGUUUGUGUGAGGGAAUGUGAAGUUUCUAUGUAGUGAGAGAGACACUUCAUGUGCUGAAAAAUUGGAUUUUUCUUUGUGGGGUGUGGCCUUUUGCUUUUAGCAAUGUGGAGAGAAAUCAAUCGUUGAGGAAGCUGGUUUUUUCACUUCUGGUUUUUGGGAGUGUCUUUGUUGUGGGGGUGUGUUGCAGAAAUGAGUGACUCUUCGGUGAAGAAUUUGGCUAUCACGGAGAAGAAGGUGCAAAAGCCUGGUGGCUGUGUUGGGAUUUUCCUUCAGCUCAUUGAUUGGAAGAGGAGACUCGCCAAGAAAAAGCUCUUCUCUCAGAAACUUCUCACUCCUGCUCGUGCAAAGAAGUUCAGGGGAGAUGAGAAAAUGCCAAAUUCCAAGCUACAUUUGAUUGCUAAUGAGAAUAGUGAAGGUUUCCCAAGUGCCAAAAAAGGUGGGAGUCAUGGUGUAGAUGUAGAGCAAAAGACUGAUAUGCGAGCUCCUAGUUUGGUAGCUAGGCUGAUGGGCCUAGAAUACAUUCCAGCUGCUCAGCGCAAUAAUUCAAAAGCAGUUCUGAAUUCUGGUAGUUGUGGUGAUGGGAAGGAGUCUUUGGCUAACAAUUGUGAGUUGCAUAAUAGGAAAGGUGUAGAUUUAGAUAUGGGAGUUGUAAAGCAUGAUUCAAGGCCUCAGAAGCUUCAGAAAACCGGGGCAGCGUGUGAGAGAAGGGCAGUGACUAGGUUUGGAGCAGAGGCCUUGCAUAUUAGAAGUGUUUUGUCAAGAGCAAGAAAACAUAACCACCACCAUCAUCAUCACCCAAAGCUUGCUUCUCCUUUGAAGAGCCCAAGAAUUUCUUCUGGAAAAAGUGCUUCUCGAAGCUCAAGGUUAAUAGGAGCUGCUACCAGGAUUUUGGAACCUGGACUGCAGGCUAGGAAAGGUUCUCUUACAUAUCCUGCUUGCACGUAUCCUCAUGAGACGAACACUGUGACAAAAGAUGCGCAAGAUUGGUCAACAGUUAUGCAAAAUCAAUCUUGUUAUGAUGCUGGCAGAUCCAAAAAUUUGAUGGGGCAGACAUCUUGCAAAAAUUGCGGUAAUCUGCUUGAUGUUAUUGAAUGCAAGCAGGAAGUUCCUGUUCCUAUAUCCGUUGUUUCAGAUGUUGCCACUGCUAACUCUAUGGUAUCAUCGUCACAGAAGGAAAAGUCGUUCACUCCCUCUCAUGGACAAAAAAGAGAUAUUGUUCUUCUGAGAAGUAAGGAAAAGCUCAUAUCUCUUGCUACUGAAGAGGAGGGAAAAAAUAAUGCACAACAGUCAUGGAAUGAACCCGCUACGAGAAGAAUGGCAAUGUCCUGUGAAGAUAAUGCAUCGUCUUUUCCUUCAAAACAUAAAAUUCAAACACAAAAGCAGAUGUUAAGCACUGAAAAAUAUUCACCGGGGUCUACAAUGAGUAGUAAUAUGCAAGUAAAAAGGGGAUCAUCGUCGGCAAGUGGGACUAAAGACUUUGUUGCUCUGAAUAGAAGCCUUAGUGGUAGAACAAGGAUGAGGUCACCUACCAAACUGGAUAGUUCCAAAUUUGACAUAGAGAAAAAACCUUGUAAUAGACAGCUUAGUCCCUUGUCUCAUGAGAGGACAUUAGAGAAGAAAAGAAGGAUCCUGAAUGUCUCACAACUUGAAGGCACGGCUUCUGUUGGUUUGAAACAGAAAGAUCUUUGUUCUGAUGCAUUAGGUGGAAAAAGGAGGGACUUCCCUCCUUCCUCCUUGAACAGUUUUAAGGUCAAGAAUAAAAGAGAUGGUCAGGGAGAAGAAAUAAACAAGGUUAUUGACAAUAAGAUCGAUGAUGUUGUUUCAUUUACAUUUAAUUCCCCCUUGAAGCAAAAGACAGGAAUACCUCUCGAGAAGGAAGAGACAAGCUGCAAUAAUGAGAGAAAUGCAUAUUGCAAUAGACUUUCUUCACCCUUGAAAGCUGAUGCUUUAGGUGCCUUUCUAGAACAAAAAUUGAAGGAAUUGACCUCUCAAGAAGAUGAUGAGUUGGCUUCCAGUGCUCUACCUAAAAAACCAAGUUCCGUGAUUCUUCAAGAGCUGCUAUCUGCUCUUAAUUCAGAGCAUUUGGUCUGUCAUGAUGGCCAUGUGUUUAAUGACAAUUGUGUAGCAAAACAAGAAAGGUUAAUAGGAAACACUUUCAAUGGUAAUCAACUCAGUCCUGGAUCUGUUUUGGAAGCUUCCUUUUCUUCCAGUAGCCUGGAUGAAAGCUCAGGGCAUGGUUUUCACCCUUACUCCAUGAAUUACUCAUAUGGUCAACCAGAACAAUGGGAUCAUGAUAUUGAACUUUCAGAUUCUGCAACAUCAUUUAACAAUGGAAUGAUAGGUGAGAUCCUCAGCCAAAUUCCUAGUGCAUUACAAUGUCUACAUUCAUUUGGGAGACAAUUCCCCAGAAGCAAGGUCAACAAUGUAAAGGAUGUUCUCUUGAAUGCGGAAUUAGUGCUUCGAAUUGCAACUGACCACAAUGAGGGUGAAGUGUCUCAACUUCUAAUUUUUCAGUUUCUCCUCGAGGAAUUGGACACCAUGGCAAGUGAUGCUAUGUGGACUGAAUUUGAGGGCUUUAUGGCUUAUAAGGGUGAUUCUAAACAAAGAAAUAAACUCAAGGGAUUUCUCUUUGACUGUGUUGUGGAAUAUCUUGAAUCAAAUUGCUGCAAAUAUUUUCACUCUGGAUUCAGGGCAUGGACAAAGCUACCAUUAUGCGUGAAAGGUAAUGUGUUGGCUCAAGAAGUUAAGAGGGAGAUGAAGAAGUGGGAAUGCAAGGCUGGGAUGAUGCCUGAUGAAAUAAUAGAAUGGGAGAUGAGCCACUCCUUGGGGAAAUGGACUGACUUUGAUAUUGAAGCAUUUGAGGCUGGUGUUGGUAUAGAUGGGGAUAUACUUCAAAUUUUGGUUGGUGAAAUUGUUGAAGACCUUGUUGGUUCCAAUCAUAGCUUUAUGUCCUUAUAAAAUUUGGUCAUGUAACAUCUCACCACCGAUCUAUCCGGUGAGAUGUUCUCAUCUAACAAUCAAGUAUAUUUUUUGUACAAAUGGGAUUAUGGUAUUUCUAAUGGAGGCUUCUUUGGGCUCCUAGAAUUAGUGGACAAAUAAAGUCCAGUGACAAUGCUUUUUGUAAUACUCCCUUCAUCUAAUGUAAUGUCUUUUUUGGGUG